AUGUUGGUGGACGGCAGCGGUCUGCCGCAGCAGUGCCCAGUCGUGGGGGGCUACGAGGAGACUUGGAGUGGACAGUGUCCGAUGUCGAGCCAGUGGGCUAAACAGUCUCAAUUUCACGUUAGCGAUUACGGCGCCUAUAGAGACGCUUACAUGGGACCGUCCAUGCAGUGUUAUAACAGUGCUUACUACGCGUGUAACACCCCACAAUUAUAUUGUGGCGCCGUGCAGCGGGCGGAGUAUGCCCCCGCACCCCUGAACCUGCCGUGCAACGGCCAACAGUGGGACUACAACAGCAUGUGCUAUGAUGUUGAUGGGCAGCCCUGUCAGUACACCAAUGUCGUCGAUUUGGAGGACUUCAUGAACAAUGAGAAGAGGAAGGAGAAGUCGCGCGUGGCGGCCCGCUGCCGCCGCACGAAGGAGAUGCAGAUCUUCGCCGAGCUGACCGCCGCGCUGCCCGCCAAGAAGGAGGAGGUGGAGCAGCUGGACAAGGCGUCCGUGAUGCGCCUCGCCAUUUCCUAUCUGCGCGUGAGGGACGUCGUCUCGAUGCUCCCCAAUGGCGACGUCGAGUCGCCGAAGCUGCAGAGCCCUAAAGGGCUGGAGGAGAUACAGUCCGAACUGUCGUACAUGAAGGCUCUAGACGGAUUCGUUCUGGUGCUCUCCCAGCAGGGAGACAUCGUCUACUGCAGCGAGAACAUCGCCGAGCAUCUGGGCGUCUCGCAGAUGGAGAUAAUGGGCCAGAGCGUGUUCGAGUUCAGCCACAUGUGCGACCACGAGGAGAUCCGGGACGCGCUCCGCCCCGGGGGCGGUGGCCGCCGCGACCUGCUCCUCCGCAUGAAGUGCACCCUCACCAGCAAGGGGAGGAACGUCCAUCUCAAGUCCGCCUCGUACAAGGUCAUACAAGUCACCGGGCAUAUGCUUAUGCCUGGCGAGGACAAACAGAAAGACGGAGACGGCAACACUACUGACGAUGGUGACGAGAAGAAGACGCAGGGCGAUGCGGUCAAGAAAAUGGAGACGGGUGCGCUCGUGGCGGUGGGCCGACCGAUUCCGCACCCGUCCAAUAUAGAGAUACCCCUGGACAGCAAGACUUUCCUGUCCAAACACAGCCUCGACAUGAAGUUCACGUACACAGAUGAGGGUUUGAUGAACACACUGGGUUUUGAACCAGACGAGCUGGUUGGUCAUUCCUUGUACGACUAUCAUCACGGUGCUGACAGUGCUUCUUUAGCUCAUCAGUUCAAAUCACUUUUCUCUAAAGGACAAUGCGAAACCGGACAGUACCGCUUCCUCGCCAAGUCGGGUGGCUACGCCUGGGUCCAGACCCAAGCCACCGUCAUCAUGGACAAACAACAGAAGCCAAUAAGCGUCGUCUGCGUAAACUACGUAAUCAGG